UCCUUAUCUUUACUAAUAAAAAGAAGAAGACACAUAAACCCAUUAAUUGUUAUAUGAAAUAAAAACAAUAAUUAAAUAAUCAAAAAAAUACAUAAUUCUAAAUGAAUAUGUAUGUGUUAAGAAGAAUAUUGGAGAAAGAUUUGGUUCUCAUAAGACCCUAUACAACAAAGGCCAAACGUAGUUUACUUAAACAAGAUGAGUCCAAAGUGCCAGUUAUGAAUAAGAAGCCCUCCGAUCCCCACAAAUUACGGGUUUAUGGCUGGGGUUAUCAGGAGACAGGAGCAUUGGGGAAUAUUAUAAAUAUUAAAAAAGCCCAGGAACGUUACACAGCUAUGGUACAUCAUCCAACGAGAAUGCAAUUUUCCGUCAACAAUGAAGUUUUAGAUAUAACGGCGGGUUAUGGAUUCUCAGCAUUUGCUGUAAACAGAUCGGACGGCGAGACACUGUUUGGCACGGGUUUAAACACCGACUCACAAUUGGGUCUGCAGGUCAAAGGUCAUCCAAAAGAUCCACAGAACCUUGAUGUAAUUAUUUAUCCAACCCCCAUAAAACUACCACGUGUUGAGGGUGAAACUGAUGAGGAUAUGAUGGUACGUUCCAUGUCGGCCGGUAGAGCACACUUGGUAGUGGUUACCAAGAAUGGCAGUAUUUUUACAAUGGGCAACAAUUCUUAUGGCCAAUGUUGCCGAGAAAUUAUUGAAGACGAACAGUAUCGGGGAAGCACACUCAUACACAGGCUUUCGGAAAAGGAUAUUUGUGGUGAGGAAGACACAAUAUUGAAUGUUGUAUGUGGUCAAGAUCACACCAUGUUCUUGACCAAACUCGGACAUGUUUACACCUGUGGCUGGGGAGCAGAUGGUCAAACGGGACAGGGUCAUUAUAUGACAAACGGAAGAAUAUCUCAAGCUCUGGGAGACAUAUCUCGGGAACAUAUUGUAAAGCUGAGCUGUUCGUCUGACUGUGUGCUGGCCCUAAAUGACAAAGGUGAAGUUUUCGGUUGGGGUAAUUCGGAGUAUGGCCAAUUGGAUGAUUCCGAGGAUGCUGAGAGUCAAAUUAAUUCACCACGUCAUUUAGCCUUGACCAAGGGAAUUGGAAAAUUCACUGAUAUAGCUGCUGGCGGCUCGUUUUGUAUGGUCCUGAAUGAGGAGGGUCUUGUGUAUACCUGGGGAUAUGGUAUUUUGGGCUUUGGCCCCUAUGUAGAACAAUCGUCGAAGCCCCAACAUCUACUGCCAGCGCUAUUUGGACGCAAUGAUUUCAGUGAAACAACAUAUGUCAAAUCCAUUGGUUGUGGUGUUUUCCAUAUGGGAGCCAUUAAUUCGGAUGGUGAUUUAUUUAUGUGGGGUAAAAAUCGUUGCGGCCACUUAGGUUUGGGACACAAACAGGACCAAUUCUUCCCGCUUAAAACUGCAGUGAAUGGAAAAGUUAACAAAGUGGCGUUCGGUGUUGAUCACACAUUGGCUAUGUGUACACCGUUUAUGUGAAGCAGUAGUUUUAAUAUUUGUUUUAUUGUUGUUUUAGCUUAAGGGAUUAAAAUAAUAACAAUGAAAAGCUAUAAUAUAGCUUGACUGACUACAGAUA